AAACCAAACCCUAAGGACUCACUGCCCUAUGCAUUUUGACCCUGUAGGACAGACUUCCAGUCAGAGUCCGUCUCUGGUGGCCACAGCAGCUGCGAUGUGGGAACCACUCCAUGCACUGGGCGCUCUCACCGCUGCAUGGCUUCUGCUGGGGGCAGCGUGGAGAGUGGGCCGCUUGGUCUAUGUCUACCUACUGCCCUGGGCUCGUCGGGGUGACUCUUGGAUCCGGGCACAGGGAGCCUGGGCAGUGGUGACAGGAGCCACGGAUGGCAUAGGCCGGGCCUACGCACACCAGUUUGCCAAGAGAGGUCUGAACAUCGUCCUCAUCAGUCGGAACAUGGACAAGUUGGAAAAGGAGGCAAAGGAGAUUGAGCGGCUUCAUGGUACGGACACACGUGUCAUCCAGGCUGACUUCACCGGGGGCUUGGAGAUCUACGGGGCCAUUGAGGAAGGGCUGAAGGGCCUGGAAAUUGGAGUACUUGUGAACAACGUGGGCAGGACAUACUCUCCGCGCUUGGAGAAACUGCUGGACUGUGAGAACCCAGCCCAGAGUCUCUCAGAUACUGUGAACUGCAACAUGAUGUCCGUGGUCCAGAUGACCAGAAUCGUGCUGCCCCAGAUGGUCUCCAGGCACAGGGGGAUCAUCAUCAAUGUGUCUUCUAUGACCGAAAACCACCCCUGGCCAUUCUUUGCCGUCUACCCAGCCACGAAGGCCUUUGUGCAAAGAUUCUCCACUGCAGUGGGCGCUGAGUAUCUCUCUGAAGGUGUCACCAUACAGACAGUGAGCCCAGGUGUGGUCUCCACAAAACUGGCUGAUCACCCCAAACCCGGAUUGCUGGUGAAAGAUCCCCAAGAUUGGGCUGAGCAGGCGGUGCACACCCUCGGCCUCUCCUCACACGCCUCUGGGUGCCUCAGCCACGAGGUGCAGACCUUCCUGAUGGGUCUCCUGCCCUCCUGGAUGUUUGCCACUCGCUGGGCAACAGAACUGUUGAAACUUCUGGCAUCUUCCAAGGAAAAAGCCUAGGACAAGGGGUGACGUAGGCGUGGGGGCUGGUCUGCCCGCUCCUGUUUUCAAUAUCGUGGGCCAGGACUGCGGAUUUUGGAAUCAAUGUGCAGACCGGCCAGUGCAGGAGAACUGGAUGCCGGUAAUUGACGUUUAGACCUUUGCAGGGAACAACGGGUGUUUCUAACACGUGACGCCAAAACAAGGACAUAGCUCUUUGGAGGUGGGGAUGUAUGUAGCUGGAGCUAUUUACACACACAACUUUAUGAUCAUAAUAAAAAGCCACUGGUGUGUACCCCUGCAAAGGGUAACUGUA